GCAUUCGAUUCAAUUUUAUUUAAUUAAUUGAAUCAUUAAGUUUGAAGUGUGAAAACGUGCCCUGUUGAUAAUUCUACUGCGUCCUGUUUGAUGGCUUACGACCUUAGGUUUUAUGCGAGAGGCUAAAGCCCAAAGGCCUGUAGUAAUCCACUCCAGUCCAGUUUGUGAGUGACAGUGUUAACUGUUAGGUAGGUACUUUCCGUAUGGUAGGGCCCGUCGGGGCAGGGUGAAGUGGAGGUGUCACUAGUGAGACUGAUCUUUGUGGAAUGUGAACGUGAUUUGGAUCUGGUACCUACUCAGUGCCUUUAACACUGGCCAGCUUGAUAUAACCUGCACUCAAUUUCAUUUCUUUGAUUCCUAUUCAUUUCUAUGGUUCAUCUAAUGCCAUAUUUGAAAUUAUUGGUGCACUUGAUUUUGAAUGGUUUUGACAGGCAUUAAAAAAUCAAAUUAUAUCAGGUAAUGAUGCUUGACAUCCAUGAACACACAAGUGAAAUUAUAUGCUAACCAGGUAGUUGUGGGUAGCUGCAUGCUGUAAUGCAAAGUCCUGUCAAAUGAUUUUGGAUGAAACCAUUUUAUUUUAUUUAUUAUGUUGCGUGAAUGCUUAGGUACAUAUUUGAUGCCCAACUUCAAUUUCAUGUAGAUUAUCUUGCUAAAACAUGUUAUUCUUAUUAUUGAUAAGAUGCUUUCUGAGUGCUUUUCUCCUUUUGCACCCUAAAAAAGCAUGAAAAGAAAAAAACAUCCUUGUAAGUUGUAAGGCUGAAAAGUGAGACCACACAUUAAUGCUUUGGAUACAUUUUACAGAAAACACAAGUUACACUGAACCACAUAUUUGGUCAGGUAAGCUCAGAACACAAACAAAUAUAAUUGAGUAAUUAAUUUAUCCAUUAUUUUGUAUCAAGCAUAAGGAAUGGCUCAUUCUGGCAUCAGCACUAGAGAGAAGAUCCUUGGACUGAUUGAUGAUAUUGAACUAAUAUCAAGGGAAAUGCUUGACAACUGCACUGCUCCCAAACAUCAAAAGCUAUCGAGUUCUGAGCAUCAACUGCUGACAGAACUACUCAUCAAAAAGGAUGCUGAUCUGAAAGCAGCAAUGAAGGCCAACGCUAUCUACCAGGCCAAGCAGAAGCUCGAGUCUAUAGCCAGGGCGGAGAAUGGGCCUGUGAACGCCGACGAUCUCAUCCGAUAUGCGCACCGGAUCAGUUCGACCAACGCCGUGAGCGCUCCGCUGUCGUGGCAGCAGGGCGACCCGCGGCGACCCUAUCCUACCGAUAUGGAGAUGCGCCGCGGCCUGAUGGGUCGGCUGGUGGACCUGCCGAUCGGAGGCCAGCAGCUGCUGCAGCCUCUGCUGGAGCAGCAGCAGCAGUCGGUGGCGGCACGCGGCGCCCAGGAGCCGGCGCCGCCGCCCCCGCCGCCGCCACCGCCGCCGAUGCAGCAGCAGUCCAACCAGCUGCCGCCGCCGCCCCCGCCGCCGCCUCCGCCGCCCCCUCCGCCGGCGUCGGCGGGCGGCCAGUUCCAGUGGCAGCCGUCGGGCGAGAUCCACCUGGGCGUGCAGGGCGGCGCCAGCGUGCCACUGGAGAAGCCGGCCGCCGCCGCGGACGUGGAGGUGAUGUCCACGGACAGCUCGAGCAGCAGCAGCAGCGACUCGCAGUGAGCGCCGAGCCGACGCGGGCAGUCGCCUCCGCCGUCCGGGGAUCCGUGCCGGCCGCAUCGCCGUUAUCAGGACAUGUCAAUGGGCGACAGUUGGGUGCAAAGACAUUGAGACAAUAGUGGGUGCUGCGCAGCUGUACUGCCGCGAUGCUACUCAGGUUGAGUGAGUGCAGCGAGCCAUUUGUGUCAUCUGCCUGUCACCAUUGUUGUAAUUCACCUUAUCGAUCGCUGUUUUUCAUAUUGUGUGUACAGUGUAAAUAUGGAUUGUGCUUUGUAAUAAAAACGGUUUUAAACAUC